AUUCCUGCUUAUCUUUUUCAUUUCCAUUUUGGGAUAUAAACACUGAAAAAGGUCGAACAACACAAGUGCAAUAUCACAGAAGAGAACAGGGUGACGUGCCAAAGCAGAGUUUGUUUUUUCUGCUCCCUUCCCCUCGCAGAGUGUGAAUCAUGAACGCAUUUUGCUUUCUCAUGCCGGGAGCCAAAAGUGCUCAGCGUAUAGCCUUCAGUUAACCCCACAGAGUUCAGAUCGCUCCUUUCUGUUCAGUCUUUAAAUGCUGUCUUUGCAAAUUAUGGUGCCACUCCAUAUAAUCAUGGUUUUGUUGGUCUCCCUCUAACUUGUGUUUCUACCUUUUUUUUUCCUCCUCUUGUUUUUUUCCUUCCAGGCCUGGCGAGUGUGGUCAAAAGUCUGCUGUGGUCAAAAAUGGCUUCUCCUCCUGUCCCCAUUCUUCCUCCUAUUCCUCACGAUUGCUGUGAUGAUGACGACUCUCCCUAUUCCUUCGCCAAUCUUAAGCAUCGACCGGCGGACGUCCCGAGCCCUGAGCUCUGCCGGGGAGUUCCGAUCGAGGCCCGGGAUCGUGGAGCUCCCUCCUGCCGUUGCCUUCCGGCAGCCUCUCGCUCACAUCCACAGCGGGGCCUGGAAAUCCAUCGCUGAAAAAGAGACGUCUAAACACUCAGUGGCACCUAACCGUUUCGGAGACGCUGCUGGCGAUGACAAAAACAGCAUCAAAGAGAGGAGUCACGCAGACUGGCACAGAAAUAAACACAAAAGCAGAGGCAUUGCUUCUGAAAGGAAAGCAAUCGCAGGCGCCAGCCAGCAUCCAACCAGUCACCAUCAUCAUCUCAAUCUCCCGGAGUUUACCGUCAACAACACAGGCCCAAAGCUUAGAAUUAAGCAAAGCAACCGCAGCUCUGUGGUAAAGCACACUGCACUGACACACAUACGUCUGAAGCAGAGUAAAUCUACAGCAGCACGUAUAUCUGUUCCUGCAAAUACUCUGAUAAGUGAAAGACAAGCUACAGACAGACAGGCAGACAGAUGGGAGGAUAAACACACAAAUGCAGACGCACAAAUACAUGGCAGCCAUACAACUGCAGAGCUAUCUGAACAUCACCACGCUUUGAAAAAACACAGACAGCUCUCUGGGAAAACUGACAAAGUCAAUAAGGAGCAGCAGGCUGUGAAAAAGCCCUCGGGGGAUCCGAGGAAACGUCGUAAUCUCUCAGGGGAUCCGACUGACGCAAAGAAGAGUCCUGGGUCGCUGGAGCAAAGAAAGGCUUUGUCCAAACCAGAGGCAGCCAUGAAGAAAGAUGACAGUAACUGGUGCCGGAGCUUUACAGAGCAAGACUUCCCGGAGAGCGACCGCAGGAGGAUCAGGAUUAGUUCAGAUCUCCGGUCUCUCCCCUGGCUCAGCGAGGAUGACAUCCAGAAGAUGGAGCUGCUGGCUGGGGGAGAGGUGGUCAGUAAGGCCAGGGUGCCUGCACAUGGACAGGUACUUCAGGUGGCACUGGAUCCCCCUGCACACCAGCAGCCUUCACAGGAGAGGGAUUCCCCUGAGCAUGGAUCUGUCCAAAGACAUCCAGAAUCCCACAGUGAGCGCUGCCAGCGGGGGCACUGCUCCCUGAUCAAACGCACUGAUGACUGGUUUGAAGUGUUUGCCUUCCACCUGGAUCGGGUCCUGGGACUCAACAGAAGCCUCCCCGCUGUGCUGAGGACUUUCACCAGUGAGAUUUUACCGUAUCGGUACAUCAGGGGUAUCCCCAGACCUGUAGUUUGGUGGGAUCCGGACAUCCAACACCUCUCUGAUGGAGACAACGACCAGAACUCAAUACCCCUCAGCUGGAUCCAGUACCAGAAGCUGCUGCAGGCCCACUGUGGGAGUGAAGCAGACCCGACGUCAGCACCCUGUGUGGGAGUCCAGCACUCAGAGUGGGGCAGACUGGCUCUCUUUGACUUCUUACUGCAGGUGAAUGACCGGCUGGACAGGUACUGCUGUGGUUUCACGCCUGAUCCCACGGAGCUGUGUGUGGAGAACCUUCUGCACGACAAGUGUGCAAACACCAAGGACCUGCUGCUGGUUCACAUCCUGGUGAGGAAGGCCGAUCCUUCCAGACUGGUGUUCAUCGAUAACGCCGGCCGGCCGGAGCAAUCCGAUGACAACCUGAACUUCAGGCUGGUUGAAGGCAUUGAUGAGUUUCCAGAGCGAGCCGUGUCCGUGCUGCACUCAGGCUGCCUGGAGAGUCUUCUUCUUCGCUCCCUCUACACAGAUAGGGAGUUCUGGGAGAGCCAGGGGGGGGGCGGUCUCAGGCCUCUGAUCCGCACCGUGGGGCACAGAGGGAAGAUUCUCCUCCAGCACAUCAGGGACAAGAAGCUACAGCUGGAGAGGGACCUCUGACUGAGCUAAACAGACAAAAUUAGAAAUAAGAAAUCCAAACAUCAUCUGGGCUAAUAAGCUGAUAAUCAAGAUGACAUUUAUAAAAUGGUGAAACUGAUUCUGAAACACAGCGGAUAAGCUUGAAAGUCAAAGAAAACACUUUUAUUAGGGCUUACACAAUUACAAUUGGUUUCAAACCCAAGUGUGCUAUUAAUAUAGCUUAAAGUUUUACUUAUAUGUUUAUAGAAAAACCAGUCAGUGAUGCUACUUUUGCCUCCAAAGGUUUUGUUUUGUUUGUGUGUGAUGUACAGCUAAGCUCAUUGCAGACUUGUGCUUUAAACUGAACUAACUAUCUAACAGCAUGUAUCUCCAGCUAUAGCUUGCUGAUAUAAGCGAUUACAGAUUUGUGUAAAUAUGUUUUAAAGAAGAAACUUUUUGGUUAAGGAGCGUUCAGCUGCACUCACGCAGGAUGUGAUUGUAAAGAGAUUUUUUUUUUUUUUACCAUAGACAGGAAGACUGCACCCAACUUAAACAUCGUUUUUAUUGUCCCUGAGGGGAAAUUUGUUUUGUAGCCAGAUUAAGAAACAUAAAAUAAUGAAAUAGAUUCAACCUAGAGUUCAUCAGGUAACUACAGAGACCUUAAAGUCCUCAAAAAGUUAAAAAAAAAAAAAAAAGUUUUAUGAUAUCUUGUGUGCAUAAUUUGAUUUUUUUUUUAACUCUUUGGGACUUCAGGGGCUCCAUAGUUAACAACAGGAAACUGACCAUGUAUGAAAAACUCCAUAAAACCAUAGUUAAAACUGAAAUAAAACUCAUCAGUCAUCAGGGUCAUGCUCCAAGAAUGACUCUCCAAGAAGGUUUAUAAUGUGUAAUGUCACAAAUGUUUCAGUUUAACAUCAGCACAAGUUUGGGGUUUUUAAAAUCCAUCUGUCUGCAGUCACACUCAGUGGAGUUUAGAGGGUCUUCACUGAUGGUCUUCACAAUUGAUGAAGGAGACCUGUAAGAUAUGUUCGGUCUUAGGUUUGGAUGCCUUGUCCACACAAUAGGUAGUUACUUCGAGUGUGUCAUUGUUUGGAAAGGUUCAAAUGAACUCGUAGAGUGAAACGUCCCAACUAACCAAAUUAUUGUCGCAGAAAUUACAUUUUUAAUUUCACCAAUCAGUGAAAUGCAUUUUUUCUUAAUGUAGUCAUUGAUACAUUAAUGCCUCUAAUGCUUAAAGUGUCUGAAACAGCUCAAAAUAACUUCUAGUCAGUGCCUUUUAUCCACAAAAAGGGAGGAAAAACUAUGACAAAGCAAUAUGUUUCAGUUAUAAUUCAUAUAAGAUGAGAUAUUUGUUUCAUACCUUAACCCGUGAACUACAGCAAGUGGUCAGUGUAUUAACAACAGUAACAUCAAGUGGUGAAAUCUUCAACUAAAACAUGAGGUCAUCUAACGGUACUCUAUUAACUCUCUCCAUAUCUUAUUUUUAACGUGUAAGGAAACAGAGAGAGAGAGAGAUGUGCUGCCAUCUUUGAAGCUGUAACAAAAAAAAAAAACAUGACUGACUACAAGUUGAGUCGCUGACACGUCUCCAUCAAGGCACACACACAGAGGACAAACAGAUCAGCUGUGAAAUCGAACGCGAGUCUGAAGAAUGAAUCACUCUGUCAGUGAGUUUCUUGGACUGGCGCGAUGCAGCAGCAAACACACGCAGGCUCUCGUGUUCAAAGUGUCUAAUUCCCGCUGAUUGUUUGAUCCUCUGCACUAAAACAAAUUGCCCCUGUAGCUCCGCCUGCUGAUAGGCCCGUCUCUCCAAACACAUUUGUGUUUUACAUCCCAUCAUCUCACUAAAUGAAGGGAAAUGUGAAACUAUUUAUUCUGCAGCUCUUCCACAACAACCUACGAGGAUUUUUCCAAACAGUUUAGUGGAAAUAGGCAGGGUCUAUCGUUUUCUAUUUUAAUAUUUUACAGCGAGCCAACAGCAGAUCGAGGGAUUGAUUCAGUUGGAUGUCUGUUUUUAGGAGAUAAGCUUUUCUCCUUUUUUAAUCGAGGGAUUAAAAAUGGCUGUCAGCAAAUAGCUUCUGGACCGGAUCCUAGAAGCCUUUUGAUAAAAAAUGUACCAAAUGUA